UGUAGCUUUUGUUGUAAAGUACAUCUUGGCUGAGGACCCAUCAAAAACACCUUCUGUAUUGAAAACCCAGACGUAGAACCUCUCCCUAUAUAUUCCACAUGUACUGAGGUUGCCCAGCUCCACCAGGGCCCGCUAUCCACAGGAACCUUUCACAGCAGCCAAUACCUGCAGGGCAACAAAGAAUCAAAUGAGAGCGAGACAAGCUGGGAAUGAAGUCCUGGUUGCCAGAUGGGAGCUUGAAAAUACAGUAAGAUGAGUCAAAAAGUGGCCAAGGAGGGCCCCAGGCUCUCCAAGAACCAGAAGUUCUCAGAGCACUUCAGCAUCCACUGCUGCCCACCCUUCACCUUCCUCAACUCCAAGCGUGAGAUCGUGGACCGCAAGUACAGCAUCUGCAAGAGCGGUUGCUUUUACCAGAAGAAGGAGGAGGACUGGAUCUGCUGUGCCUGCCAGAAGACCAGCCGCCGUGCCACAUCCCCUCAGAAGCCCAAGCACCAGCCAGCUGCAUCCCCUGUGGUGGUCAGAGCGCCGCCAGCCAAGCCAAAGUCCCCUCCGAGGCCAGCCAAGCCAAGGUCCCCUCCGAUUCCAGCCAAGCCAAGGUCCCCUUCAAGGACUGAGCGCCAGCCGCGUCCCCGCCCAGAGGUCCGACCACCACCAGCCAAGCAGAAGCCCCCUCAGAAGUCUAAACAGCCAGCACGAAGCAGCCCCCUCAGAGGGCCAGGCACCAGCCGCGGGGGGUCUCCCACCAGAGCUCCUAGGUUCUGGUAACACCAUCUCUUGCCUUUUGUCCCCCCUAGCCUAAGGUCAGUAGCUGCUCUCUGCAAGUACUAACAUGGGGGAUCUCUCCACAGUACCAAGCCUGUGUAAUCUACUCCCUGCAUUAAACCCCCUCUGUUUGAAAGACCUGGCGUGGCUUCUGUUUUUCCAGAUGUUACUGGUCCUCCCUUCAGAUGGCCGUGUCUGUGUCAAACCACAGGACUGGAAGUCACUAAUUUACCAGCAUGGUGUUGACUACAGUGGCAGGCUGCGUGUCUGAGCUUUCUUAAACCCCCUUGUGCCUCAGAGAGGAGUAGUGUUAACUCGGAUGAACUGUGUGUGGGCGUGUGUGAACUGAGAGGACCCGAUGCUCUACUUGUUCACCCUCCCGACACAUUUCAUCAGAUAUCCAUUUGUUCACUCAGCCACUCAGUAAAAACUGCCCUGCCUUGUAGAUAAUAAGGUUCUAUUCACUGUACUGGGGAGAGGAAUAUGAUUUGUGAUUCCCGAGGACCAAGAAGAGAGAAGCUGGCCCUGGUGUACACAGUAAUCACUCCAAUACUGCCGUGCCAGGAUGUAUGACCAAAGGAGCCCUGAAUGGCGAUUGUCCAGCUCUGCCAUGGGAGCCUGAGGCUUCACAGAGAAAAUUAGGUUGGAGCGGCGUACAGGAGAAGGAUAGACAGAGAGGCACUUACCAAUCUGCUCUGCCUUAGGUAGACCAGUUUCCUUUCUUCUUUUAGAGACUCACACUGUAGUUCAGGUUAGCCCAGAUCUUAUUCUGUCCCUAAGGUUGACUUCAAACUUAUACAAACCCUAUUGCUCUAAACUCCCAAGUGCUUGCAUUAACGGUGUGAACUGCCAUGCUUGGCAGUGACUUCUUCCUCCUUCUCUUCCUCCUCCUCUCUUCUUUAUAGACUUUAUUUUUUGGUACAGUUUUAGGCCCACAGCAAAACUGAAGGAAAGACAGAAACUUCUCCUCUAUUCCCUGCCCCCCCCCACACACACACUGUGGGCAGCUGUUUACUAUCUGGAGGUUGAUCUGUGUGGUGGGUCUGUGUCGAGCACUGAUCCAUUGAUCCUUUUCACUCAGCCCCUGCGCAGCUUUAGAGAACCCUCCUGAGAAUCUCACGCAUGAUUCUGUGGUGUCUUCAGACACAGCAAACAACUCUAACUGCAAUAUCCCUAAAUAAGCGACCACGCCCAUCCUCUGUGGCAGCUGCCGCAUUUCUGACACCCCUAAAUGAAAGCGUUGGUGAGAUACAAGAACAAAGGGUCUACUGGCUGUUGCUCACUAGACCUUAGUAGAGCAGUGAAUCCAGUCGGUCAUUGACUAAGUCCCUCCGAGGGACUGGGGUCAAAAGCUUGGUUCAGUUGGCUAACUUCUGAUAUGCAAAAGUGGACAGGAAAUGGAGGAGGCUGAGAACGUUCGCUUUGUACAGAAGAGGCAGUGCUUCAUAGAAAGCUAAGCAAUGCCUUUGUGGGUGGUUGGAGUUCAGUCUGUGAGCGGAAACAAUGUAGAAGUUGAGAGUAAACACCUCCCAGGCUGGCUGGUUUGACCCAGCCUCCGUCCCUCUUUGGGUAUCUGCUAAGGCGCUAAGAACACAGGACCAGCUUCCUAACAGCCUGUGCCUCUCAUGCACCCCCUGAGCCCAACCCAAUACUAAAGCUCCCUUCCCAGCAUCUCAGAGGUCCCAAGGUAAUAUUCUAGAAUAGAUAUUUAACCACCACAUCUUUUAUUUCAUUUGUUGAUCUGACUUUCAAAUCAGGGGCGCAGGAGGCCCAUUAAUGGGAGCAAUUUACACUCAAUCAGGGCAGCUAGGUCAGAAUUCAGACAAAGGUCUUUUUGGAAUCUAUAAUAACUCUUUAGAGACGGUGCUCUCCCUGGACUGGAGAAUAUCUCCGACUUAGAAAUGAAUGGGCUUGGUUUUCAGCAUCCCUGUGGAAGGCAGAAGCGUCUCUUUUUUUGAUGGGAGGUGGUCAUGGCUUGCCCCUCUGAGUUUAUUCCUUCCUGUGUCCUUAAGAUUUGGGAUUUAACGUCAGGAUCCUAAGGUUGGGGAGCUGCCACUGUGGGAGGUCACCUUAGAGGUCAGGUCUGCAGCCUGGAGAAAUUAUGCCACGUAAACUAAAACGUACCUUUUCUCAGUUUCAGUUUCCGCCAUUCAUUAGGACUCGUAAAAACACAAGGAUAGUUUACUUCUGUGCCUGGAUCCUGCCUAUCGUGGUUUUACCUUAGCUUUUUGGUAGAGUCUGGGAUUCUAUAGAUUAUACCCGUAUCUUUCAGCAGAGACAGCUGUGCAUUUCUGUUUCAGUCUGCUUACCCACGUGGGUAUGUCGUGAACUGCCACCUUGCUGGAAACACGUUUUGAGAUACGACUUGGUGUCUUCAGGGUUUAUUGUCAAGCUGGAGGGUGGCCCCAGAUGUGUUUUAGAAGACUCACAGAAGUUCCAGUCACUUCUGGAACCUCUAUGGCAGCGGCUGGGUAUUGUUAGAUGCUGGCAUCACCUUGGUGCUCACUGAGAAAUAUGCCCUGGAGUCAGUUGAUGGGAUACGUUCAACUCUGAUGAGCACGUAGAGCCGGUCUGUUCUUGGAGGGAGCCUGCACUCCCACAGUGAUCUGGGAAUGGAUUUGGGGCACUUGCCUCUCCAGCCUCACAAACUCCUGGGCUGUUUGUUCUGCUACAAGGGAAAUCUUUGUGACUUCAAAGGUUCAAAGCUACGUAGAGUGACAUCGGGUGUUUUACAGACGAUUGAUCCUUGUGGGUUACCAUCCUCCAACCUUCCUGUUUUGCUUGGUCAGGACCAACAGUGUCAGACGUCUCCCAGAAGCAAAGCAUUCUUCUCUUGCAUCUAGGGAGCUUCCAUUAACAGUUUACGGAUCUGUGCUAUAGCCCUCUGCCUCAUGAACUGAAACUUCUUGCUGAGCAGACGCUGCCCUCUGCUGGGCAUGGAUUUAUUUACCUGUGUGUCUCCCUUCCAGGACUGUGUGAAUCAGGCUCAGGCAAUCUUACACUCAUCUCUCUAGAGCCCAGCUCAGGGUUUGGCUGACGGCGGCGACUGAAUGAGACCAGAUAAUUUACCUCACAGUCUGACCCAGCAAGAAAGUCAGAUUGAGAAGGAGGAGCAGGUCAACCCCAAGAAAAAAGUGACCGAGAAGGGACUUCUCGUGAAUGGACAGCCUCUGCUUGUGGAUUUACUGCUUCACCGCAACCCAUCUGCCCUCAGACUUAUCUGGCCUCGAGUAUGACGCAGGGGUGGACACCUGCUGAUAUAACAACUACAGAUGCCCUCAGUCCCCAUGGUGUGGGAGCCUUAGGGCAGCCUGCCUGGAGUUCUGAUCGUUUCUCUCUCCCCUCAGCACUUGGACGAUGCCACUCCAUCACCUCCCUCUAUAACCGCCGAAGAGGCAUCUCUGUCCACCUUCUGACCCUCCAUGGUUGUUCAGUCUGAAGAUUCCUGUGUCUUCAGGGAUGUGCAAAACAAGGUCAUGGUGUGCGACCAUCCAAAUGGCAAAUAUAAAAAAGAAAUUGUCAAGUGUUGGCGGUGACGCAAGAAAAAUCCUAGAAGCCACAGAUGGGGAUUUAUACACUGUCGCAACACCGUUGAGAUGUACUCUGGGGACACUAUCAAGGCAAAGUAUCUUAAAACCUCUAAUCAAGCGACUGUAAUUUUAGGCAUCCAUCCUGGGGAAAACUCACACCCUUUUAGAGAAAGGAGAAAUGCCCAAAUUUGUUUAAAAGAUCGUGGUUUGUAGUUAAGAGAGGUAGAAUGAGAUUAACCAAAAUGUCGGUCCACGGGAGAGCAAGAGAGUCAAUCUUGGUAUGUCCACAAAGUCCUAAGAGCAGUUAAAAGCCAAUCUGUCAGACAGACCCAUGCCGAGCAGGUAAAUCUAGAAAGCAAACCAAGGACUAUAAAAGUCAAGCACCAGGCAGUAAAUCCAGAAUAAGAGCCUAUGCAUACAUAUUGACAGCCCACAAUCCUGUACUGGUUAUUGCUUACAUAAGGAGAAGCCACAGAUCUCAUUCUUUCUUCUAGAAUGCAAUAGAAUUUAAAAAUGACAGCAGAACAAAAGGACACUAGAAAUUAUCCUCUCAGAAAUAAAAGUAUAAGAAAUAAUUUCUGGCUUGAGGAAAUAACCCAGGCUAAAAGCUACACAGGCCUGGCUUAACCAUACCAGCAGGGCAUACCUUUGUUAGGAGAGGGUCAAUUCGAAGUUUGUGAACAGCCUGGGCUGUUUCCGAGGCUGCAUAAAUCUUAAACACCAAAAAUGUGUGUUUUGAAUUAACUUUGGGUCUGGUCUACAGAGUCCGGCUUGUGAUGGCUCCUGACACGGGAGAAAAGGGGAUAAGUUAAUAUAAGGCUCUGGGAUUUUCCUUUGAGGAACAGGCAGGUAGGAAAGGACACUAGAAUGUUGGGGAAUGUGGAGGGAUGUAAAACAGACAGUAUUAUGAUGGGGGGAACUCAGGAAGGAACGGUAAGGACACCAGAAUGGCCUCGUGCUGGGAGCCAGGGUGGCCAAGCCCAGGCAGAUGCACAAAGACCCCAAAGGCCACCAUUGCCUCACAACCAGACCCAGCAAAGUUCAGAUCAAGUGCAUAAAUGGGGGUCACGUCAGUGGAAACUGUCCGGAGCAUGGAGCAGGGGGUGAGGAAGACAGUCAGAAGGAAGCAAGAGAUGGCUUAGAGUGUUGCAUGGCAGCAAGAAGAAGCAGUCCAAAUAUCAUCCCAAGGCAGCCAUGGCUUCCUCUCCCGAGGACACUGUGGCCCUGUGGAAGUGCCAAGGCAGAGGCAGAGGAAUUUAACCGCACACAAACUACAUGCAGAAACUAAGGUGCUAAAUGAACAUCUACGUGACAACCUUUCUGAGGACCAGGUUCCAGUGAGCGGCCCAGGGCCGUUAUCUUCGCGAUGGUAACUGAGCUGAGAAGAAUGGGAACCGGAUAGGAGCACACAGUAGCCCACUGGUGAGACAAAUCCACGGGCGAGCCUCAACCAACCCACUAAGGAAACUUCACGCCUUUUCAUCUAGUUUUCAUUUUGGCAAAGCAAAGCCAUCCUGAGUGCUUGCUUGUCUCCGCCCUCCACGCCACCCCCGAGACACAGAGCAUGCGCAUUAACCCAGAGCGCGCUAACACAUGCACAGCGUUGGACAUUAGCCUAUUAAUGGGAAUAACCAGAAACUACUAAAUUUUGUUUGUUGUAGAAAUAAAACCUGGGGAUGGAUCAAGCCUA